UGUUAUGUAAUGAGAAGCGGACCCUGCUCUCGUCGGGGCUGAUCAGCUGUUCGGAGGCGAAUCAGCUGUUCGCGAGAGCCGUCUCCGCCAGCGCCGGGUCACGUCUCGUCACGUCACGUCUUGUCACGUCUCGUCUCGUCACGUCUCGUCUUGUCACGUCUCGUCUCGUCUCGUCACGUCUCGUCUCGUCACGUCACGUCUCGUAAGCGGUCGGCGGGUCUCGUCACGGCAUGUUGCAAACACUCCUCCUCAGAAGCAGGGCAGCUGCAUUUGCCAAGUCACUUCGCACCCCUAUAUUGAAAAAAAAAGUCAGCGAUGUCAUCAAGCUCUCGGUUGGAGGAACAGUUGUGUUUGUUGGCAUCAGCUUAUACUUCAAGAAUGAAAAGUUUUAUGACACCUGGGUGAUGCCCAUCUUCCACUCUGUAGACCCAGAAACAGCCCACAACUUAGCAGUGAUGGCAGCAAAGUACAACUUGGUGCCCGAGGCAAAGCUAAAGAAGUCAAAGUUAUUGGAGCCCCCACCUCCAGCCGCCAUCCCUGCCGUCAACUCCUCUCAAGGGGCGACAGGGGGUGUGUGAAAGGUAGCCAUCAUAUGUUGAUUUGAAUGUUUUGUCUAGCAAGUCCCUGUUAACAUUUAGGUCUUAUAGGUGGAGAGAAUUACCUCAUGGGAAUCUGAUUCCCUUCAUGUGUCUCUGAAUGAUGUGAUAAAUUUAUUUGAAAUAUUGUGUUAAUAGUCAGAGGUUGAAAGAGAUUGAAGAGAAAAUGCCAUUCUGUUUUAUAGAGCUUGUGUCAGUUUUUUGUCAUGCAGAGAGAGGAAAAUAGCACAAUAAUACGAGUAUACGUUUUGAUGAGG